AUGUUUUGUACCGAAUUAAAAGCCUUAUCUGUGUUACAGGUCUACAAUCCACGAAAUACCGAAGCAGUUGAGCUGCACUUCAGAGGCGAGAAAACAGCAAAGGUAGUUGGAAAAAUGGCGAUGACUGCGCCGGUCGAUGGAGAAGUCCUAAGUGGUGUUUUGGUUCGCCGUAAUUUUAACUAUCACCUCAUGCAUGCCGAUGAUCUCAGCACAUAUACGGAACUGUCGAACAGUAUUCUCACGCAACGAGAAAGUGUUUUCUACAACGGUAGCGUCGCUUUGUUAUUGGAUAAUCUGCAGCAGAUUUCCGGUGAUGCAAGUCUGGAAGAGAUUGAUUCAAAGGACAGCAAAGCUUCAUCGCAUCUCAUCAAAUUAUUUGAUGGAAGGAUUCAAGUGUCGCUUAAUCAGCCGCUGCAUGUUGCAGUCAUCGAAUGGUCGUCGAAUCCAGUGAGUGAUAUGUUCGCUGAUGCCGCUGUCGCCGCAAUUUUGCAUGCCCAGAUGAAUCCACUGCCCGACAAACGUAUGUUUGCUUGUGAAUUUUUC